AUGGCGAAUGCUGGAUACACGUCACCGUUUCCUACGAUACAUGACACUAUCGGACAGUCAACACUAGUCACCCCUCUUUUUAUGCCCUCCUCACCGCCACACGAAUUAUCCAGUCCGACCCCAGGUUCUCCCUUGUCGGACAAAAGUUCCGUUUCCGAGCAUUUCGAGCACCGCGACAACAACAAUAAUGGAAACACUAGUGAUGGGCCUCCCUCAGACGACGAACUAGACAAUUUAACACGGCCAUCAACACCCGGAAGCCCGACGGGGUCAGACUUGGAUGCCCGUCUUGCGGAAUAUACUUUGGACUUUAGUCGAUUCCCAAACGGCCACAUGGGUGCAAACGAACCAGACGAACCAGACGAACAUGCCGAGUUGGAAGAUGAAUUGGGCGACCUGAGACACGAUGGGGAAGAAUACAUGUCCGAUGUAGGUGGCCCGGAAGAUUUCACCCAAAACCUCGACAAAUACUUGUUGAGCGAGGGUUUAUCGAGCAUCAAGAAGCCACGCGCCAAUGAUGUUUCGCUCCCGCUCGGCGAUUUAUCUCUUGGACUAAGACAGCCAGCUGUUGAAGAGGAGGGCGAGUCGGGUGAAUACAGCGAGUUUGGACCUCCAGUGGAUAUGUCGACUCCUUCGCAUCUUCUGCACAGGAUGAGUGCCUUUGCUAAGGAAUCGACCCAUCUCGAAGAUAUCGAAGAAGAUCCAGACGAUGACUUGCCAGACCCGGAAUCCCCCUCAAUCCGCAGAAUGCCUACGAUUACCGAGAAUGAGGCAUUAGAACGGGAGAAAUUCUUGCAUGAACGUAUCGUUCAACUAGAAGAGGAUUUGCAUGAUCGAGAUGAGCAGAUGCAGAAAAAUCACAACCGGGUUUUAGAGGCUGUCUCUGCUGCAGAACAAAUCAAGCACCUCCAAACUGAGCUCCAGCGCAAAAAUGAGUACAUUGAAGACAUGAAAGCUAAAGCUACCGACGAGGAAAGGCUUCGUGAGCAGGUUGAGUCAUUAGAAAAGCAGAACGCCGAACUGGAACUGCGUCUCCAGAAAUCAAAUUCGCAGAGCCCGGAACUAGAAGAACUCCAACAACAAAUGCAAGCUAUGCAGCAGCAUCGGAUUCAAGAUGCAAACAAGUUUGAGUCUGAGCGUACUGAGAUACUAGAGAAAAUGGCCACUUUGCGACAACAGCUCCAACAUACGGAAGAGCAGUUGGAUAGUCGAGACUCGACUCUCGAGGAUACGAUCGCCAAACUCAAAGAAGUUACUCACUCAAAGGAGAUACUACUUCAAGAAAAGAACAACGAGAUUGAUCGACUGAGUGGCGUGCUUGAUGACCGGGUCCUGGAUAAUGAAAAUCUGGAAGCAAAGCUCGAGGCCCUCCACACAGACCAUGACGCCUUAGAAGAUCGUUUGACAGAUUUGGAAACCAAGAACCAUCCUCUGGAAGAGCGAAACCAGUCUCUUGAGGCAGAUCUCAGCCGUGUGCAGUCACAAGUUGAAGCCCAAGAGAAUGCUCUCAAAGCCGUGGCUGCAGAUUUGCCCAUGGCUGGCCGCAACACACCCCUCCAAACAAACAGCACCUACAGUGAAAUUCUUGACCUGAUCAAGGAUCUUGGCCUCGCAACCCCUGAUUUGAUAACCCCGUCACCAGCAAAGGAGGAGUUCUUCGAGGAUCACGAUGUGGAGCAGCUUCGUCAGGAUAUUACCAAGCUCCAACAAGAAUUGCAAGACGCUUUGGCCGCACAGAAGGCCGCUGAUGCUGAAGCAAGUCGUCAGCGUGAACAGGCCACCGAAACGCAAGCUCUCAUAAAAACCAUCGAAGGAGAGAACUCUCGACUGACAGCCCGAGUGAAAGAGCUAAGCUCAGCACUCAAAAAGACCGCCGAGGAUUUGAUUCGUAUGAAAGAAGAGCACGCCGCGUCUCUGGAAACUGUUGCUACUCUGCAAGAGGCGGCUCUCCAAGCUCCCACUCCACCUUCGCCACCCACAACUCAACAACCUGCUGCCGUCGAUACGGCUGCCCUGGAAGCUUCACACCAACAACAAAUCAGAAGCCUCAAAACCGCACACUCAACUAAUGUAUCCACCCUUCGCGUUUCACAUGCCGAGUCGAUGCGGAAAAUCCGCAACCUCGUCACAGCAGCCGAGCAACGUGAAGCGGAUCUGCGCACAGAGCUGACAACUCUACGUACCGCUAGUUCCCGCCAAGAAUCUCAACUGCGAAAGAGUUUCAGGUCUGAGAUUAAACGUCUGGAGAAUGUCAUCGCCGAUAAGGAUGAGACUACGGCUGCCAUGGACCAGCGUAUCGCUUUGUCUGUGGAAAAGCGAGAAAGCGAGUGGGAACGUCGGGUAGAUCUCCUUCUCAAGGAGCGUGAUCGCAUGGCUAGCGCUCUGAUGAUGUAUUGGGGCGAGAACGACAUGGGUAAAGGACCUGGUUCUUUGGUGCCUUUGGCCGAAAGCAAAGACAGCCGUCGGAACGAAGAGCGUGGUGAGAAAAAGCAAGGCCAGGCUUAUCGUUAUAAAUAUUCCCAAAAACACAAGUCGAAGCGAGAUGACAAAGCUUAA